GGAACCACUUGGCUUUGUUUAAGACCAAAAUAAAUUAGAAUUAGUGUAGCUUAACCUAUAUUUCCCGCAUGAUUGAAAUUUGUUACAUCCAUGGAUGGUUCCAACACAAAAUUGUGAAAAGCGCGUCCGAUGUGUUCUUGCAAUUGUAGUAUUAGACAAAAGGGGGCAAUAUUUCGCUGUCAAAUGCUAUGUACUUGAACAGGCUUUAACAAGGAAGUGACCGACUAGCCACCAGAUUGCUGUCAAGAUGGCACCGAGUGGGCUGAAAGCGGUAGUAGGAGAGAAAAUCCUCAAUGGGGUCAUCAAGAGUGUGAAGAAGGAUGGAGAAUGGAAGGUUCUUAUUGUGGAUCACAUGAGCAUGCGAAUUCUGUCCUCUUGCUGCAAGAUGUCUGACAUUUUGGCAGAGGGGGUGACCAUUGUGGAAGACAUCAAUAAACGAAGGGAGCCUAUUUCUUGUUUGGAAGCCAUUUAUUUGAUUUCACCUGUGGAGAAGUCAGUUCAUGCUCUCAUUAAUGAUUUCAAAGACUCCGCCUUUACCUACAAAGCAGCACACAUCUUCUUCACUGACACUUGUCCAGAUGGCCUCUUUGCCGAGAUUGGGAGAUCCAGAGUUUCGAAGGUCGUCAAGACUUUAAAAGAGAUCAAUGUUGCUUUCCUGCCGUAUGAGUCUCAGGUAUUCUCCCUGGAUGACCCGACCUCUUUGUACUCCUUCUAUAGUUCUAAGCCAAACGAAGAAAAAGACAAAAUGAUGGAAAAUCUGGCGGAGCAGAUCGCGACCCUGUGUGAUACACUGAAGGAGUACCCUGCAAUCCGUUACUACAAGGGACCAGAGGAGAAUGCUAGACUGGCUGAUGAGGUCUACCAGCGACUUACUGCUCACAAAGCUGACAACCCAAGCAUGGGAGAGGGUCCAGACAAGGCACGAUCCCAGCUACUGAUUGUUGAUCGUGGGUUUGAUCCCAUCUCGCCUAUUCUACAUGAGUUGACCUUCCAGGCAAUGGCCUAUGACUUGCUAGAUAUCAAACAGGACAUCUAUACUUAUCAGACAACUGGCAUUGGGGAUUCAAAGGAGAGAGAAGUGUUAUUGGAUGAAGAUGAUGAGCUCUGGGUUCAGCUCAGACAUAUGCACAUUGCAGAUGUCACUAAGAAAGUGACAGAGCUUCUUCGCACCUUUUGUGAGAGCAAGAGAAUGUGCACUGACAAUGCCAACAUAAAAGAUCUCUCUCAGAUGUUAAAGAAGAUGCCACAGUAUCAGAAGGAGCUGAGCAUUUACUCUACUCACUUGCACCUAGCUGAAGCUUGUAUGAAGAAAUUCAAGGCCUCUCUUGAUAAGCUUUGUGAAGUAGAACAGGACCUUGCAAUGGGAGCAAAUGCAGAAGGGGAACCUCUAAAGGAUGCCAUGAAGAGCAUUGUUCCUGUGCUUCUCAACAAUGAAAUUGAGGCCUAUGACAAAAUCCGCAUCAUACUGCUGUUCAUAUUCCACAAGAAAAAAGGCAUUGGGGAGGAGAACCUUGCCAAGCUCAUCCAGCAUGCAAACAUACAAGCCGACAGCAACAUCAUCACCAACCUGCAGAACCUGGGCUGUAACAUUAUAGCUGGGGGCCGCAAUGCUGGGAAAACACUGCCAGAGCGGAAAGAGCGCACAGAGAGCACAUAUCAGCUCUCUAGAUGGACACCCAUCAUCAAAGACGUCAUGGAGAAUGCCAUAGAGGACAAACUGGACAGAAAUCAGUGGCCAUUCAUCUCUGAUCCUGCUCCCAUCAACACAACUCAGACUGCAGUCAGGGUCAUCUCACAUCCUGACUCCAACCAGCUUCCUUAAUGACCUGAAGAGUCUGGACCAAGUUCCUAAUCCUGAUUGCUAGAUAGUUAGACCCUGAACGGGAAGAGCACACUGGAAAAAGGGUUUAGUCGUUCAUUUGAGAUGACUGGUUGCUGGUCUUCUGUCACAGCAUCUCCAACAUCGGAAAUUAAACAUGGAGAAAUUUUAGAUGUAGCCAUGGAAGUAAACAUUUGUGAUUCUUUAUUUUAUUUUAAAAUGUUCUUUUUAUUGUUUGUUGUGAAUUGGGUUCUGUAUACUGCUGUGAUUGAAAUUGUAUUAAAAUAUUUAAUUAGACAUUAUUAAUAUUUUGAUUAUUUUACUAUUCUCAUUCAAAUUCUUAUUUUUGUUACUACAAUAUAUAUAUUUGAUUUCCCUAAUUUUGUAUUUAAAAAAUUGCGUCCUUCUCACCAAACUGGACCAUCUGACACCAAAAAUCUUAUUCAAGUCUAAUGUAGAUGUAUUUAAGUCAAUAUAUGUAUGUAUCGUAUAUUCAGUGACAAAGUGUGGGAUAUGUUUUGUUUCUCCAGGUACCUUUUUUUCCCCCCCUUAUCUGAGAAAUUUCAUCAGACAAAAUGUCUCAACUGCUGUCUUAUGAAUUCUUGCACAUUUACCAUGUACUUAAUAUAUUGCUAGGAGCAAGUGUGGUGGGUGUUUGUUUCUUUGUUGUUAAAAAUGAGUAAUAAAAGAAACACAAUAUUCACUUUAAA